AAAGAAAAAAAAAAUAAAAAUCCAACUUAUCACCAAACAGAUACAAAGACAGUUCCGAGAAGAAGAGUAGUAAACCAAAAACAAUAAAAAUAAAAAUUCUCUAAAUUAAAACAAAAAAAUGGAGCUUUCUUGUAGAAUAGAAUUGUACAUCUGGUUUUAACGUAGUUAUUAAGAGCACUUGGUUUUUUAAAAGAUUUAGACAACGUAACCAAAACUGUUUCUUCUUUGUCUGUUUUUGUGACUUGUCUUGGUUUCUGGUUUUCUCCCUCAUCUCUUCUCUCUCUCUCUGUUUCUCGGUGCAUUUUCUAUUUUCCCUUUCCGGGAAAGUUUCAUCAGAUUCAUAAAAAAAGGAAAUUUCAAAACUUUCGAUCACAACUCCGUUUGAUCUUCACCAAAGUCUCAACCUUUCUCUAAAAAAUCUCAUCUUUAGAGGAUCGGAGACAAAAAAAGAUCGGAUCUUUUUUCUCAUCUUAAUUAACCUGAAGAAAAAGCUCUUUACUUUUUAACAUUAAGAUUCUGAUUCCUCUGGAUCGGAUUCGGAGACGAUGAAGCCAUCAGCUUCGUUAGAUAGCUGGAGAGAAUAUUUCCGGCGAGGAGAUUCCGAUAUCUUCGGGAUCAUUGAUCACGCCAUCAUGGUUGCUGCUGCUGAUUGCCCUAACAAAUUCAAAUCCAGAAGAGACAAAAUCGCCGAGCUUUUGUUCUCUUGCAAAGUGAGUCGUUGCAAUGGAUGCGACCACUUAGAGCUAUCUGUUCCCGGAGGAGGAGACGGUGACGAGGAGGGUAAUGAUGUUGGAGAUACGGCGGUUAAUGAAGGUGAGGCUGGUGGGAGUAAAGAGAGUAAAGCUAAUAGUAGCAGAGGAGAUAACAAUCAUAUAAUUGAUGAGACGUUGAAUCUUGUGAAUGGGAGUAAUUAUAGUUAUGAUGAUGAAGCUGAGGCUUUGAGUGAUGCGAUUGAAGAGUUUUCUGUUAUGUCUAAGGAAGUUUGUAGGAUUAAAGAGAUCUUGCUUAACAAAGAUGACGAGGCACACUCGGUGAUACUUGAAUCCCUGAGGAAGCUGAAGUUGAUGUCUUUGAAUGUUGAUAUACUCAAGAGUACUGAGAUUGGGAAGGCUGUUAAUGGCUUGAGGAAACAUGGUUCUGAGAAGAUUCGCCAACUUGCAAAGACUCUCAUCGCAGAGUGGAAGGAGAUCGUUGAUCAAUGGGUGAGCACCACCAAGGAAAUAGCUGGUGCUGAAGGUACACCAGAGUCAGCAAACCCAUCUGUUGUUGAUGAAGAAGAUGAAGAAGAAGCGUUUCCAUCUCUUCCAUAUGAUGUUGAUAUCUUUACACCAGAAGCAAACGGUUUUGAAAUGUUAAAUGGAGACUUCUUUGAUUCCUUGGACUUUGAUGGAAAUCUUUGUAACUCUGUGGAAUACAACAACACGAGCCGAGAAAACCAAAGAAGACCACAGAAUAUCGCCAAGAGAAGACCUGAGGGAACACAAACGAGGAUACAAGAUGCUCCUUUUAGAUCUAUCAAGCCAUCAUCACAUGCUGAUGGGACUAGGAAACCUCUAAAACAUAAUACAGAACAUAGGAUGAAAAACGAAAUGGUAUCUGUUCACAAGUCCGACACACCCAUGAUCCCAAGGAGGAAACCGCUUGCAAGACCACAACAAGAAAAACUUAAAGGUCUUGAUGCAGACGCAAAGUUUGAGUUUGCAAAGAGAAAACUUCAAGAGAGCUACCAACAUCAUGAGAACGGUUUGUUUCUUUUCCUUUCGUUUUAUUUCGAGUAUUUUCAAUACAUUCUGAUAAACAAAGAACAUGUUUGUGAUGUUGCCAAACAGCCAAGAAGCAGAGAACAAUACAAGUACUUGAUACGAUCCCAAAGCAAGGUGGUAACACUCAGAAACCGCAACUCAAGAGACCUGGAAUGAACAACAGAAACUGGGCAAACGGGCGUAAAUAGCUUCCUUCUUUCAGACAUUACUACAUACACAACAUAACACAAAUAUCAUUCUCUGGUGAAAAUAAGCAGAGGAGGAAAAGAGCAGAUUCACCACAACUCUCAACUUUUCUCUUUCAAACAGACUGUUAACUCCUCUGUUUUGUUACUCUCUGUGUUCUACUACUAGUACUACGUAUACUACAUUCUUGAGACUUUCGGUACAGUUCCGGUUUGGUUCGAGUCUUGUUCGGUUUAGGUAACAUUGACAAUAGAGUGAAAGAGAGGUCCCCCCUUAACAUUUAUCAUAUAAAAAUUGUUAAAGGGAAGGUAGAAAAGCAUUUUUCGAAUUGACCGGCUCUUCACCUAACUUUGUAUAGGGGAACGUGAAAUGGUUCGGGACACGGUAGAGAAGAUCACAUUCUUUCAAAUAUAAUAAAAUCUAUUUUAAUCAAUGUGACCAAAUGUUUUUUUCUAUCAUUUAUUUAUUUAUUUAGUUGUGACCUGUUGUUAUAUAUUAUUGCUAUUUAUAAAAUUAAUCAAGUAAUAAAUGGGAUGAUUUUUAUAAUGCAUGGUGGGUGGAUAAGAAAC